GCCCAGUCAUGCUGCCUCCCCCCUCCUCCCUCAGCCUCCAGAGCCGCUCCCCUGUCCAGCUCGCUGACGUCACCUCCUGGUUGCCAUGGUGAAACUGAGGUCACCAUCUCCCUCCCCCCCUCCUUCUCCUCAUCCUUUCCCUUGGAGGGAAGCCAUUAGGUCCCACUUCUAACAGGCUGAGGAGGUGGGCGGGGCUUGAGGGAAGCGGAAGUGGCGGCUAGAACGGAAGUCGAACGGCGCAGUGAAUCCGCAGGAGAGGGGGCAGUGAGGAAGCAGAGCUUGCCCGAAUCUUUAAUCUCAAGAGUCAUCGUCGGAUCGCGGCUAUUUCAGGUGAGGAUGGCCGGCCCGGCACGUCGGACAGUAGAGAAGGACAGCGAGGCCGGUGUGGGCGGGCGGUGUGCUGUUAGACAGUCCAUGGCCGCUCGGCUGCAAGGCCACCUGGGGCUUGUGCUUGGCAAGGGCGGGGAUCCCAGCCGUGCGGCCUCGGCUCCAAACCUUUAGCAUAGGAUCCCACGCCCGUCUUAACGGCGAUCUAUCUACCUGACAUCGUGCGAUGGAUCCUCAACCACCGAGCCCAACCCCCUCCCCCAUAUCUCUCCAGCAUUACAGGCCUCAAAUGUCCUCCGUGCAGGGCGACAGAGACCGUGUUAUAAUCACAUCGCCAUCCAGCUAUACUGCCGUCAUCGAGCAGAUUAUAAUCAGCACCAGAGCCCUGAGAGCGACAUGCCAGUGUAAUGGCCGGCUCCAUGGCUUAUUGCACUGCAGCUAUGGCGGACUAGGUUUUCUCAGAUAAGAAGCUGUUAACCUUGGCACCUGUAGGUGUUUCAGAACUACAUUUCCCAUGGUGCAUCACGAGCCUCGGUACCAUCCACGGUGAUGGUGUUCGCCGUCACUGCCCUAAAUGCAUGGCUGGAGAGCUUUUAUGUAGGUCGAUUACUGCCCCAUUUCACGUUUAAUUCGUAUUAUUGUGCUGAUGAAUGGAGGAGUGGGGCUUGGAUUGGGCUUGUGUGAGGUUAAGCUGCAUGUGCAUCACCUUGUAUCCUCGGUAUGUGUCCUGAUGCUGCUUAGAGAAACCCAGAUUCCGAUCACACUGCAUUUAAUCCGCAUUAUGAUGUAUAGGAACUGUAACAGGCCUUGCCACACAGCAGAGCACCUCUCUAUUCAGGCUCCCAUCUAUUAAUAUGAAUAUUUCAUGAAGACAAUGAAGAGGGUGCCUUUUUGCUUUUUUUUUUUUUUUAAACAGUCCUGCUGCACACAUUUGUGUUGAGAUCAUGUGUUACAUAAACCUUGAAAAAUGUGCUAAAGCAAAUUGAGCUUAUUUCAGAAUGGUGACAUGUCACACAGUGAUAAGCAACGUUUUAAUUAUGGAAGGGUUGAGAAGCAAAAUGACAAAACAGAAAAUUCAAUCACUUUUUUUUUUUAUUUUGGCCAGAGCUGCUUGACACAAUUUAAUAUAGUUGGAACCUAUUGACUUACUAUCAAAUCUAUCGGUCAACAUUAACAACCUUUUAUUAGUUUCUAAAUUGUAGGUUAUUUUUUGUGAAAUAAAUAACUUGAGAGUAUAAUUGGCAUAUGGAUGCUCUUCUGGUAAACAAACAAAUAUGCAGAUCUGAUAUUGAAAAUUGUGGCUUGUCCAGUAAUUUGGCCUGCAUGUCAAACUAGCAUACUCCUAAAGGAACCCUAUCCCCUUAAGGCGCUAUAGGGUCAAAAAUACAAAUGUGUAUUCUUGACACUAUAGUGUAAAAAGCACCCCCGCCCCUCUCAUUAAAUAGAAAAUGUACCUUAAAGCGCUAUGCGGGUCUCUGAAAUUGCAGCAGAAGGCCUGCAGGGAUUGACUAUACUCAUCAGAGCAAACAAAUAAAGCUUUAGUUGUAUGUGUCCCUUUUAAUACUUAUUUUCAGCAGUUUUAUGUAAUUUAUUUAACAAAUUUCCCCAAAUUCAAACCUCGAAAUUGACAUAGUUACAUAGGCUGAAAAGAGACAUGUGCCCAUCAAGUUUAGCCUUCCUCACAUUUAGUUUUUUGCUGUUGAUCCAAAAGAAGGCAAAAUAAAACCAGUUUACAUCACUUCGAAUUUUGCAACGAACUAGGAACGGCAGUCAGAUUAAUCCUGUGAUCUAUAUGCCUAAUAACAGAAAUGUAAACUUCUGUUUUAAUAUAAAGCUUUAAAGGCACACUGUAGUCACCAGAACAACUACCCCUUAUUGUAUUUGUUCUGGUGAGUAUAAUCAGUCCCUUCAGGCUUUUUGCAAUAAAGUCUCCUUAAAAAAAAAAAAAAAAAAGUUUUUAUAUUGAAGCCUAGGGAUACCUUCAGUGGCUGCUCCUCAUAUGGCUACUAGAGGUGCUUCCUGGGGCAGUUCUGUGACAUUCAGUGUCUCCACCCUCAGCAUAGAGAAACUGAACCUUCCUCAUAGAGGUGCAUUGAUUCAAUUCAUCACUAUGAGGAGAUGCUAAUUGGCCAGAGCGGUGUUUGGCCUGUGUCUGCCUCCUUGGCAAUCUCAGCCAAUCCAAAUUUGAAAGCAUUGUGAUUGGCUCAGCUCAUGACUUCUGAUGUCAGCUAAGGAGGCAGAUCAGAGGCAGAGCCAACAGUAGCAGAUUGGACUAAAUGUAAGCUUUUACUAUAUUUAGGGGGGCUAGAUGAUGUUUUAAACACUAUAUAGGGUCAGUAAUACAUGUUUGUGUUUUUUUUAGUCUUAAAAAAUAGUUUCUUUUUAAGUGAUUGAUCUUAGACAUGAACACUGCUAACUAGUCCUUCCAACAUUAUUUACAAAGUGAUAUCACAUUCCUUUUGUAUGGAUCUUGAACUGAAGUAUGGAGGUAGUAUCCCACAAUUUUGAAUUGGGUUUUAUAUAUAAUUAUGCAAAAUAAAGGAGAAAAUACAUGCCUUUAAAGUAAUUGGCCAGGUAAGUGCAGCAGCAGGCAGAAUCUUCAAGACCAGGAAAUUAUUCCACAAGUUGAGAGCCCUAUAACUACAUUGAGAUAGAUAUAGAGAUAUAUUUUUCCCUCUUCUCUUUCAAAAAUGAAUACUUUGAUGCAGUGAUAGGAAAAAGAAUGCAAGAUAAUUGCAAUCAGAGUAAUAAAGUUUCAAGCACUCCAUGUAUUCUUGAUCGAAUCUUAGAUUGUCAACCACCUCCUAUUCUGGUCUGUGAUUUUUAGCAAUGGUUUAUAGUAUAGGUUGCAGCUAAUGAAUAACAUGGUUGUAUACUAAGACUAUCAGUUUGAUAACCUUGUUCAGUUUAGUAAUGCAGUCUGUGCACUCAACAUUCUCUCAACCUCUCAAGUGUGCCUCCUCUGUUUGUGUGUAAGGGACUCGCACAAUAUCCUCCUUUAAUGCGAAUCUGUCCUGUCAUGAUCCAAUGAGUUCUGUCUGCUAUUCUGUUUUUCCUAGUUUAAUGUGAAAUGGAGAGGGUUUUUUGUUUUGUCUUCUUUUGGAUCAGCAGCAAAAACAGAUGUGAGAGGCUGAACUUGAUGGAAGCAUGUUUCUUUUCAGCCUAUGUAACAUCCCCUAUUUUAUUUUUUAUACCUAAGGAAAAAUAGUCCCAACUUUUCCUUAUGUAGUAUGUGAAUGUUGGAGUUUUAGUGAAGCUCAACUGCAUUUGGCUUCUUCCUGCAUUGCCAAUUUCAGGAGUGGCUGGCCACUGGCAGUGUGUGUUAACUCUUAUGCAAUCAUGAGCCUACACAGGUCCGUUGGUGGCCUUUGGCACACGCCCAAAGAAAAGCAGAGUGUAGAAUUUCUGGUGCUGCCAUUUUGGGAACACAGACGGCGGCACCGAGAGAGAAGACCUGGUGGGACCAGUCCCAGGGCCUGAGUUGGUUGGGGUGGCUAUAGGGAGGCUGUGAACUAGAAUUAUGACAGAACGCUUUAAUGUUAGAUGGGAAAAAGGGCAGCCCUUUACAAAACUAUACAGUUGUAAGCAACUGUGUUCAUAGACUCCACCAUAGAGGAGAGGGCAGCUCUCCUUUGUUUUUAGUGGUCCGACAUUCACUACCACAAAUGCAGCAAUCAAUAAGGAGACUUAUAAGAGCAUUUCAUUAAGCAGUGUAAAUCUGAAUGCGGUCCUAUGUCAAAGCAAUUUACUGCAGUAAAGGAUUAAAUAAAGACCCUCAACAAAGCUGAGCUUUUAGUGACUAUUAACCUCUUAGAGCCAUUGAGGACAUGGCUCUAACCGCUGGCCGACGGCAUAGUACGUUCCAGAGGACUUACAUGCUCGCUGGCGAUUGUGACGGGGGGACUUACCUGGCGAGAACCUCACGAUCACAUGGACCGAAUAGCCGUCCAUAGCAGUGCAAUUAGGGGGAGUGCCUGGAAUGACAGACAGUCACCCUGCUGUCUGAAAUAAAGUUAAUAUAAAGUUUUAAAAUUAUUUUAAACACACAGUCUAAAUGUAUUUUAAUGUUAAUUUAUAUAUAUUAAUAUCAAAAUACAGGUAGAAUGAUAUUAAAUAUAUAAAUACGUAAUUUCUAAAAAUAAUAAAAAUAUGUGUAAUUUUGUUAUAACUAUAUUUUGAUAGAUAUAUAUAUCUAUUUUUUUUUUUUUUUUUAAUGUAAUAUUUGUACAUAAUUAAGUCAUUUUAUUAAUUACAAUUUGCGGGACCUGCCUGAUGACCCAGGCAGAAAGUCCAGAGAAUUUAAAUUGCUAGCACUCUAUUUAACCCUGUAACUUUCCAAGACACCAUAAAACAUAUACACGGGGGGAUACUGUUUUACUCUGUAGACUUCGCUGAGCAUAAAUAAAUGUGUAUUUUAUUGCAGUAAAAGCAAACAGUAUUAUGACAUUAACAGUUAAAAUGUCACGUACAACUAAAAAAAAAUAAAAAAUACUUAUUUUCUCCCAUUUAAAAAAAUAUUUUAUUCAUAUUAAAGUUUCAUACCUUAAUAUUUGAUGUUAAAUGAAAGCCCUGUUUCCCCUGAAUAAAAUGAUAUAUGAUCAGUAUGGGUGCACAUAAUAUGAAAGAGGUGAAUUACUCCUGAAUAGUCAAAUUCAAGGUUUUGUUUACGUUUUUGUUUUGAUCACAACAUGUACAUUUGGCUCAGUCCUUAACCCCUUAAGGACGCAGCUUCAAAAACUGGACUUAUCCGUAAGGACAUACCGUAUAUACGUGAGUAUAAGAGGAGUUUUUCGGCACAUUUUUUUUGUGUGCUAAAAAACACCCACUCGUCUUAUACUAGAGUCAAUGUCUGUAUUAUGGCAACUUACAUUGCCAUAAUACAGACCAGGACCGCCAGGCUCAUUACAAGCUCGGCGGUCCUGUUGGGGGCUGGCAGCGAGCGACUACUUACCUUUCCUGUCAGCUCCCUUCUCCUGUGCGCCGGUCAGCUCCCCACUGUAAGUCUCGCAGGAGCCGCGGCAUCAGAGCGUUUCCACGGGUUACCGUGGCAACGCUCCGCGCAGCACGCCGGCCGCGAGACUUACAGUGGGGAGCUGAGCUGACUGGAGCUGCAGGAAAGGUAAGUAACAGCUCGCUGCCAGCCCCCCUCCUGCACAGUACACACCACUGGACCACCAGAGAAUAAUAUAGCCCCCCUCCCUGGCCAGCUAACAAGCAGGGAAGGGGGGGGGGAAUAAAAUAAACAUUUUAAUAAUAUUAAAAUAACAUAAUGUAAUAAUAUUAAAAAUAAAAUUUAAUAUUAUAAUAAUAAAAAAAUGCUCACCCCCCCCACCAAGGUUACACACUCUGCAUCACAUACACACAUUGUAAAUAAAUAUUCAAUUAAUAUAAUUUUUGGGGGGAUCUAAUUUUAUUUAGAAAUUAACCAGUAGCUGCUGCAUUUCCCACCCUAGUCUUAUACUCGAGUUAAUAAUUUUUCCCAGUUUUUUGGGGUAAAAUUAGGGGCCUCGACUUUUAUUCGGGUCGACUUAUACUCUAGUAAAUACGGUAAAUAUUUUUUGCAUGUUUUUGCUUUUUGUGUUCAAACGCAAUUUGCACCAACACAUUUAUAUACGGUUUUUUGUUUUUUUUAAAAGAGGGCAAAAUGGGCUUUAACCCCUUAAGGACUGAGCCAAAAGUACACGUGAUCAAAACAAAAACUUGAAUUUGUGCUAUGUCUGUUCAGGCGUAAUUCGCUUCUUUCGUAUUAUGUGCACCCACACUUAUAUACCAUUUUAUUCAGGGGAAACAGGGCUUUCAUUUAACAUCAAAUAUUUAGGUAUGAAACCUAAUUUAAUAUGAAUAAAAUGGGGGGGAAAAUAAGAAUUUCUUUUAAAAAAAAUGUAGUUCUACGUGACAUUCUGUGAGUGUCCUAAUACUGUUUGCUUUUUCUGCAAUAAAACACAUUUUUAUUAAGCGAUGUCUCACGUGUAAAACAGUUUACCCUAUGUACAGGUUUUAUGGUGUUUUGGGAAGUUACAGGGUCAAAUAUAGCAUGUUCCAUUUUAAGUUUUUUCACAUUGAAAUUCGCCAGAUUGGUUACGUUGCCUUUGAGACCGUAUGGUAGCCCAGGAAUAAGAAUUACCCCCAUGAUGGCAUACCAUUUGCAAAAGUAGACAACACAAUGUAUUGGGGAUGUCCAGUCUUUUUUAGUAGCCACUUGGUCACAAACACUGGCCAAAGUUAGUGUUAAUAUUUGUUUGUGUAUGAAAAAUGCAAAAAACUAAUUUGAUCGCCAGUGUUUGUGACUAAGUGGCCCGGGGAGGCCAAAGAGGACGGAGGGGGACUCCAUGGGCUCCGUGUGAUCGCCGGCGACCGGGUAAGUAGAAAGGACCGUUAGGGCGUUCUAUGCCGCCCUCUGGCAUUUAAUGCCGGUUCCCUAAGGACGGCAUAGAACGCCCGCCGUCCUUAAGGGGUUAAUUUGAUGUGACACAUACAUAGAUAAAUUCUCAUUGUAAAAAAAAGAAACUUUUUUUUUUCACAGUUUUGGCAUAAAUUGCUUGUGCAUAAUAUGUCCAGCUUAGAAAAAGUAAUUCAAAAUAAAUUAAUUUAUAGAGUACAUAAUAUGUAUAGGAUUCCAGCUUAUUUUGAAAGUUACAGGUCACAAAAUAAAAUGAGAUUUCAGUUUGUAAAAAUUUUAGAAGUUGGCAUGUUUGUCUUAUAGGUUUAGUAGCCAUCACAGAAAACAAAAUUGCCAUACAAAAGUAUAUAUUUAUAUAAAGACAUCACAUGCUAUUUACCUAAGGUUAUUUUGACACUUUUUACGAGGCCAUUUUAUUGCCAAUCUCUGCUAAAUGUUAGUAAAAUUGUGUUUUAUUCUCUAUUUUGACAUAUACACAUAUAACAAGGUUUUUGUAAAGCUGGUGUGUGCUAUUCCUGCACAGAACCCCAUAUGGUGUUCAGCUACAUCUGCUGAGUAUAACGAUACCCCCAUUGUAUGCCUUUUGGCACUAUUCUGUGAUGCUACAGUGCCAUGUAAGAGACAAGGCUAUUUCAAUUUCUAUAGUUAGAAUUUUGAUAGAUGGAUUUGACGAGCCUAUGUCUUAUUUUGGGGUAUUUAUAUCAGUGUGAGUAUUCAAGUAACUCCACAAAGAGCUUCCCGUUGAUAAAGCAGACACCCAGGGGUAUAUAAUAUGGCGUGUUUUGUGCCUUAUCAUGUCACCAUUUUUUCACCAAUUUAUGUCUAUUUGUGGAGAGAGGGGAGGGGGAAAGCAUUUGUACAUACAUGUUGCAUUUUUGCUGAGUAUUUCUUACACAUUAUAUUGUACCAUUGUCAUAAAAUCCCCUAAAUUAUGCUCAGUUACAUCUUCUUCUGAGUAAAACAAUAUGCCCAAUGUAUGACCUAGACACUAUUUUGAGAAGUUACAGUGCUGUAAAAGAGACGUGACAAGUUCAGGUUUUAAAUGUGAAUUUUCAUGGAUGGUUUUGAUGCUUCCUUGUCCCACUUUGGAGCACUAGAGCAGGCUACAUAUUCCAGCUACACUAUAAAGGCAUACCAUUUCUUAAAGCGGACAUCCCAGGGUGUUUCAAAAGACCUAUUUUGAACCUCAGCGUAGGAUCAUUUUUCCCCUAGCUUGUACCAAGUGUAGUGGUUCUAAGCAUUUUUUUUCUGCCUUUUUGAUACACAGUGAGUUUGCUUAAUAUAUUCUGCAAACCUUUUGUGCUACGAUUGUAUAAUACUUAUGUUGCUCAGCUAUGCCGCCAGAGUACAGCAAUAUCCCGUAUGUACCUUUACCAGGUAUAUGUGGAUAUUGAAGGGGCACAUUUUGAGCCCCAGCCAUUCAGUUGGUUUUUUUUUCUAACUCUGAAGUUUUACGUUGUGUCCAUGUUUCAUUUCGGAGUAGUUUAGCUGGUUGGUUAUUCAUACUACCCUAUAAACGCAUUCUAUUUAUUAAAGAGCACACCCCGGGUAUUUCAAAAGGCAUAUUUUGAACCUUGGGGUAUCAUUUUUUUGCUAGUAUGUUUCAGGUGUAGUGGUAAUGAGCAUUUUUAUUUAUUUAUUUUACUUGUUUUUAAACUUUAUUUACUUAUUAAAUUUUUUUUACUUUUUAAAACUUUCUUGAAAUGUCUUUUACACUUUAAAAAUUUUUAUUAACCUUUUUUUUUAACUGUUAACCACUAACUAGCCAUAAGUAGCACUAACCAUAAAUUUCCCAAUUUCCUUUAACUCCCACCCACCCCAGCUAGCAAAAUAUAUCAUUUUAAAUUAAUUUAACCCUUGAGGGUUAAAAAAAAUAAUAAUCAGAUCACAAUAAAAUGUAGUCCCUGCCAAUUGAUCACUGUAGUCUGUGAUCAAUUGGCAGGGAAGGAAUAAAUUUUAUUAGAGCAGGGGAAAGAGGGGGUGGGAUUUAACUUUAAUUUAUUUUUUUACACGGUGAAAAGGAUCAUCACUGAUCCGUCUCCCUGCACUUCACACUAAAUGCGCAAGAGCAGGGAGGCGGUUCAGAAGUCCCUGCAGCCUGUCAAAACAGGCACAGCUGCAGGGACUGUGCGAAUCCCGAGGCAGACCGGAGGAGCGUUAACUCCGCGAUUGCGGUGGUCUGGGGUUAAUUUUAGCGCAUGAUGGACCCAGUCAUCAUGAGUCCUUAAGGGGUUAAUCGUUUUGGAUGUAUUCAUGCCCCUGCAGUCUCACUGCUCAAUUCUUAUUACUUUGUUUAGCGAUCCCUAGUUACACCUCGAUGCAUGUACUGGUACAGCCUUCCUAAACACUUCUUGUAAAGAGAGAUCUAAUGUUUAGGCUUCCUUUAUUGCACAUUUUGUUUAUCUCCUGCUCUGUUAACCGCCUUUUGGAUCCUGCAUGAUCCCCCUGUGUGUGAUUAAAGUUCUAUUUACAGAGCAGAAGAUAAAAACUUCAAAAGAAAGUUCAUAUCGGAAUGAAAAUUAUAUUUUUUUUCAUGGGGUCACAGCCAGGGAAGGUCUGACUAGGGCUGCAUAAGCAGAUACAAAAGUUAUUUAAUUACGUAGUAGCAGGAAACUGAAAGUGCAGGGACAUGAUCUAUACACUUAAACUGCUUCAUUGAGCUAAAGUUAUUUCAGUGCAUAUAAUGUCCAUUUUAACUUAUGUCCCCUCUAAUACAGCAACUGGUAUAUCUGCAGGUUUGUGAGCAUUAAACUAUUGUAAUACCCGCUCAGUCAAUGUUUAAAUUUCGAGAAGCAUACCUCCUGCAUGACGCACACACCGGUGUCCCUGCCAGCAUAUCGACAUCUGAACAGAGUGACAUCAAACUCAGUUCCUAUACUCCCUAAGCAACGUUGGAAGAGUUGGGGAGUAACCAUAACAACAAAUGAUGUGGUUGUGAUGCAUGGAGAGAAGCAGGACUUGCCUCUAGGAGGUCUCUCUUGUUCUUGUCUGUCAAUUUUUGGCAUAGAGGAGUCUGAGAAAUUGACAGGUUGUGAGAGAUUACAUUUUGAGCACUAUAUGUUGGCUUGCAAAGCAGGACCAUACGUACAUAUAUAUAGUGUGUGUAUAUAUAUAUAUACACAUGCUAUAGUGUUGGUGGCAUUUGAGUGAGACAGAGGCAAGUUCAAGCACUGCCCACUUCAAACGUCACAUCCAUUUUUAUUUUUUAAUCACGUUCAUGCCAUUCCUCUGUGUUUUUACAAUGAUAAAGAUCUUUAUUUGUAAAUUAAACAGACAUCUGAACCGUACCCUGAUUGUUAUAUAUCUUGUGUUUCUUAGUAGCUACUUGCGAAAUAUAUCCCACAAGCUACACUUCUCUUUGUGUACAAGAUCUUGUAUUGGGUGUAAUGCUUGUAUUUAAAUGCAUUUCAUACACCAUGAUUACUUAUUAUCUUUCAGAUUUCACUAUGGACAAGGCUGAAUUAAUUCAGAAGGCCAAACUGUCAGAACAGGCUGAGCGUUAUGAUGAUAUGGCUGCCGCAAUGAAGGCCGUGACAGAGCAAGGAGGAGAACUAAGUAACGAAGAAAGGAACCUGCUCUCUGUCGCCUACAAAAAUGUGGUUGGUGCCCGCCGCUCUUCCUGGCGUGUGAUUUCUAGUAUUGAACAAAAAACAGAGGGCAAUGAGAAGAAGCAACAGAUGGCAAAAGAAUACCGUGAAAAAAUCGAGGCAGAGCUGUAUGAUAUCUGCAUGGAUGUUCUGGUAAUAUAUAUUUAUUUUGUAACUUUUUUACCCAGCGUAGAGUGCUCAGUAAUUGGAGGGUUACUAAAUUGGUUCCAUUCGGUUAGGGAAUCUCUGAACCAGGGGCAAAAAUUGUAAACCUGUCUUUAUAUUUUAAUGGGAUUUUACAAAUAAUUUUUUCUCUUUUUUCGUGUGUGCUUUUGAAGUCAAAGCUGUUCUGGUACUCACAGCUCUUUAAAGGUCUAAAUAAAGUGUUUUUAGCACCAAGACAGCAACUUUUUAGUCCUCAAAAAGAGGGACUUUUCCAAAAGAAACAAACCACAUUGAAAUUCCUAAAGUGAAGGUGUACAGAGCAAGUGUCAAACAUGAUUCAAAUAAAUAAAAAUGGAAGUUUACCUAGUUUCCACCAUCAUGGAGCAAAUGUUGCAACCAUGAUGGGUACCAUGUAUAUUUUAUACAUAGAAUCCAGUGCUGUGUGGCAACCAGAUGAAAAAGAAACAAAAUGUUGAAAUUAAGUUACAUGUUGAAUUUUUAUUCUUGAAUUCUUAGCGUUAGCCAAUGCUGUGUUCCAACAAAAUUGUGUUGAAUACUGCUCACUAAUAAAAUCUUGUUUUUUUUUGUUUUUUUUUUUUAAAGUACUGUUGCUGGACUAAAACCAGGUAUCUCUACUGUACAUGGCAUUGAAGGCUAUCGAGCCAAGAGGCUCCUGCAUAGUGCAUAAGAGCACAGGGACAAUUUAAAUAUCUAUUACCGUAUAUACUCGAGUAUAAGUCGAGUUUUUCAGCACAUUUUUUGUGCUGAAAAACCCCCACUCGACUUAUACUCGAGUUAAUGUCUGUAUUAUGGCAAUUUACAUUGCCAUAAUACAGACCAGGACCGCCGGGCUCAUUACAAGCCCGGCGGUCCUGUUGGGGGCUGACAGUGAGCGGUUACUUACCUUCCUGCAGCUCCUGUCAGCUCCCUUCUCCUCCGUGCAGCUCCUCUGACAGCUCCCACUGGAAGUCUCGCGAGAGCACCCCUCCCUGGCAAGCUAACAAGCAGGGAGGGGGGACAAAAAUUAAAUUAAAUAAUAAGCUUAAAAUAUUAAAAUAAAAUAAAAAACUUAAAAUACUAAAAAUAUUAAAAUAAAAAACUUAAAAUAUUAAAAUUAAAAAUGUAUAAUAAAAAUGCCCUCCUCCCACCCAGUUCUCACACACACACACACACACACACACUCACACACACACACACUCACACACACACUCACUCCUACAAACACAUACUCUGCAUUAAAUACAAACACACUCAUACAAACAAUCUGCAUUCUACACACACACUCUGCAUUAUAUACAUGCAGAGUGUGUGUGUUUAUAUGAGUGUGUGUGUUUAUAUGAGUGUGUGUGUUUAUAUGAGUGUGUGUGUUUAUGAGUGUGUGUGUUUAUAUGAGUGUGCGUGUUUAUAUGAGUGUGUGUGUUUAUAUGAGUGUGCGUGUUUAUAUGAGUGUGCGUGUUUAUAUGAGUGUGCGUGUGUAUAUAAUUCUAAAAAUCACAGAAUGUCAUAGCCCCAAGUUUUACCCUCGACUUAUCCACGAGGCAUAGCAUAUUUCACAAUUGUUGGUCACAAAACUGCCCUCGACUUAUACAUGAGAUCGACUUAUACACGAGUAUAUACGGUAAAUCCCAUCAAAUUAAAGAACUGUGGAGGAAAGUGGGACUUAAAGUGACACUAGUCACCAGUACCACUACAGAUUAAUGUAGUUACUCUGGUAAGUAUAGUCAGUCCCUGCAGGCUUUUGAAUGUAAACACUGCCUUUUCUGAAAAGACAGUGUUUGCAUUGCUCCUUAGGGACACCUCCAGUGGCCACUCCUCAGAUGGCCAAUAGAGGUGCUUCCUGCUGCAGUGUGCAGCACUGAUGUUCAGUGUCUCCACAUGAGGAUAUUUUAAAUACCGAUGGGCCAGGAUGGCAUUUUGCUCUGCCUCCUUGGCUGAGAUUAUCAGCACAGUUAGGGAAUAAAUUGUGAAUAAAAGGGGGCCCACCUCGUAAAUAGUUUAACACUAUCAACAGCAAAAAAAAAUGUGAGGAAGGCUUAACUUAAUGGACGCAAGUCUCUUUUCAGCUACGUAACUAUAGAGUCAGGAAUACAAAUGUGUAUUUCUUACCCUUUAGUGUUAAAAUCACCAUUUAAAAACUCACUGAUAUUGUUGUGAUACAUUUUACUGUUUUGAAACACUAAUAUGUGUUCAGCGAAGUCUCCCGAGUAUAACAGUACCUCCCAUGUACAUGUUUUAUAGUGUUUUUGAAAGUUACAGGAUCAAAUAUAAGGAUUGCCCAUUUUAGUUUUUUUCAUAGCAAUUUGCCAGAUUGGUUGUUGCCUUUGAGACCAUAUGGAAGCCCAGCAAUAAAAAUUACCCCAAUGAUGGCAUACCAUUUGCAUAAGAAGACAACCCAAGGUAUUACAAAUGGGGUAUGUUCAGUCUUUUUUAGUAGCCACUUAGUCACAAACACCGGCCAAAGUUAGCGUUCGUAUGUUUUCUUGCAUUUUUCACACACAAAUAUAAACGCUAACUGUGGCCAGUGUUUGUGACUAAGUGGCUACUAAAACCGACUGGACAUACACCAUUCUGAAUACCCUGAGUUGUCUACUUUUGCAAAUGGUAUGCCAUCAUGGGAGUAAUUUUCAUUCCUGGGUUACGAUACAGUCUCAAAGGCAACAUAACAAACUUGUCAAAUUUCAAUGUGUAUAAUCUGAAAAAGGGAACAUGCUAUAUUUGACCCUGUUACUUUCCAAAACACUAUGAAUCUGUAAAUGGGGUGUAGUGUUGUAUUCCUGAGACACCACUGAAUACAAAUGUUUAUUUUAUUGCAGUAAAAGAUAACCGUAUUAUGAUAUUCACUGUUAAAAUACCAAGCAGAACUUAAAAAAAAAAAUGUAAUCUUGAUUUCUAACACUUUUUAAAGAUUUUGUUAAUAUUAAAUUGUUUCAUAUAUUAAUAGUUAAUGUAAAAUUAAAGCCCUAUUUUUUUUCAUAAAAUCUGUAAGUGUGGGUGCACUUUAUAUGAAAGAGGUGAAUUAUAGACAUGUAGCGCAAAUUCCAGUACUUGUUUAUAUUUUGUUUAUGCUCAGAACGUGUACAAUUGCCCCAGACCUUAAUGGGUUAACCCCUUCAGGGCGGAGUCAAUCGUACACUUUCUGAUCAAAACAAAAUGUAAACAAAAACUGGAAUUUGCGCUAUAUGUCCAACCAUAAUUCACCUCUUUCAUAUUAUAUGCACACACACUUAUUAUAUAUCAUUUUGUUCAGGAGAAACAGGGCUUUCAUUUCAUAUCAAAUAUUUAUAUAUGAAACAUAAUUUAUUAUGAAUAAAAUAAAAAAAUGAGAAAUUUUUAAAACUUUAAAAAAUUGGUAGUUCCGCCUCACGUUUUAGCUGUAGAUGUCAUAAUACUGUUAGCUUUUACUGCAAAAAAAGCACAUAUUUGGAUUCAGCAAAGUCUCACGAGUACAACAGUACCCCCCAUUAACAGUUUAUUUAAAUAUAGCACAUAACAUUUUUCAGGUUUUUUUUACAUUGAAAUUUGCCAGAUUAGUAAUGUUACCUUUGAGACUGUGUGGUAGCCCAGGAUAGAGAUUUACCCCCAUAAUGGCAUACCAUUUGCAAAAGUAGACUACCCAAGGUAUUGCAAGUGGGGUAUGUCCAGUCUUUUGUAGUAGCCACUUAAUCACAAACACUGGCCAAAGUUAGCGUUCAUAUUUGUUUUUGUGUGAAAAAAGCAAAAAAAUAAUAUUUGGCCAGUGUUUGUAACUAAGUGGCUACUAAAAAUGACUGGACAUACCCUAUUUGCAAUACCUUGGGUUGUCUACCAUGUCAUCAUGGUGGUAAUUCUUAUUCCUGGGCUACCAUACGGUCUCAAAAGGCAACAUAACCAAUCUGGCAAAUUUCAAUGUGAAAAAAAUGAAAUGCAAGCCUUAUAUUUGACUCUCUAACUUUCCAAAACACCAUAAAACCUGUACAUGGGGGGUACUUUUUUUACUCGGGAGACUUUGCUGAACACAAAUAUUAAUGUUUUAAAAUGGUAACUUGUAUUACAACAAUAUCGUCAGUAAAAGUGCCGUUCGUGUGUGAAAAAUGCAAAAAAGUCACUUUUACUAAAAAUAUUGUUGUAAUAAAAGUUACCAUUUUGAAACCCUCAAUAACCGACUUAAAAUCACCCCUCAUCGUCUGCAAAAAUGCUCCGCUGUCGUGAGAGGGCAAAGGGGAUCUGACCAGCAAUCAUCAGGGGAACUAUCAGCUGCCGGUGACACGGUCAGGUGGGCGGAUGGGACUGCGGCCUGCAGUGAGGCUCUGGCGGGAGAAGCGGCCGGUCUCCUGUGCUUAGUCCGGCGAGACCUCUUGCACGCCGACUGAGGGUUAUCCCGGACACCACCGGGGACGCAACUACCAUUCAGAGCAUCUAAACGGUAGUAAGACCGACCGGGGACCGCAUGGUUAAAAUCAAGAUGGCCGCCGCGCUAAUACUGAGACGGAGAAGAGAGAAGGAAGCACCAGAGCAACGGCUGGGCUCCGUCUGCCGAUCAGAGCAGUUCAGAACACCACACGCCGACAGCAGCCAGAAGACAGGCUUUACAAGGUGUAUACUCCACAAGUUGGCCCAGCUCUCCAUUAUGAGAACACUCACACCACCCGAGACACAACCUCUCACUAACAUCGGCGGAGCUAUGGGGACUAUCAGGACUCUGACCCUUCCUGAAUACAGGGGAACAACAAACAUGGGGAAUAAGCUCUACUCCACUCCUGGCUGACAAGCCCCCUAACACUGAAAUAAUCCGCUAUAAUCACAAAGAACCUGAACAUCGCAAAGGAAACUUACCGACUUAGCACAGCUGCAGGAAUGAUUAAACGGCUGCUAACCAUAUAUACCUAAAGUUAUAGUAGAUUAUAAUGUACCUCUUAAUUUAGCACCCCCACUUUUAAUAUUAAUGCGUGCCUCUUACAGCAGAAUCUCCUCCUGCAGCUCUCUACAGAAAGUAUUUCAAAGGUUGGAGCCUACAUGUAUACCCAGCGCUCUACUGUCCCCUGGUGGUAAAAUUUUAAUAAGCGGAUAGAAAUUGUUACUAUACAUAGCCUGCAAUCUAAGCACUACAUAACCAAGCAUGUAUAGACUAGCUACAAAAAUAUCACAUUUAUGCAUAUCAGAUAAUACAUGUCAGUUUAUAAGCAAUGUCCUGUUAUAUGCAUUUUUUGAUAACGUUAAUUUAGCUUGUUACUGUUUCUAGUACCAAAAAAGAAAGUGCAGCACAUGUCAUUCACCAACCAUGUCUUGUGUACUCAACUCUGCACUUUGAAAAAUAAAGAAUUAAAAAAAAAAAAAGAAUAAAACUCAGUGAUGUUGCACAUAAGCACCGACCAGCUUUUUGCUUGUUUCAAAUAUCAAACCUAUCCCAACAGAAAUGUGCUUAUAAUUAUUUUUUUCUAAUUUUUCGCAGCAGCUAUGUAAAGUUUUCAUGUCCCUCAAAAUUUAAUAUAAAACAUAAAUUUGAUAUUGUAAUUCUCAUUUAUUCUUUAUUCAGAUGAAGUGUUAAAUAUACAGUAAUGUAAUAUACCUGCCUGAAGAGGUGGUUUUAUCUGAGUCCAUAUAGACAUUUAAACAGCAAUUGGAUAAAUACUUGCAAAAACAUACCAUACAGGGAUAUAGUUUCUAAUUAGUGGAGUAAAGGUUGCUUGAUCCAAGGAGACAUCUGACUGCUAUUUUGGGGUCAAGAAGGAUUUUUUUUCCCCUAGUUUGUUGCAAAAUUGGAAGCAUUUCAGACUGGUUUUUUUAGCCUUCUUUUGGAUCAACAGCAAAAACAUGUGAGGAAGGCUGAACUUGAUGGACACAAGUCUCUUUUCAGCUAUGUAACUAUAAUGUUUAUAAUUGCAAAGCCUUUUUUUUUUUUUUUUUUCUAAUAAGAGCACAAAGUUCAAGAGUGAUCAGAAUAAAGAGGGAGGGGGGCUGGAGUGUUGUCUUCCAUCAAAAGUUCAACAGCAUAUUGUAUCUAAAGAGACCUAUGAUCUUGACUUCUAAAUUCAUUUAAAUAUUUUAACUUUUUAUUUGUAAUUUUUUUUUUUUUUAUUAUUUUUUUAAAGGGUCUUCUGGAUAAAUACUUGAUUGCAUGUGCCACACCACCGGAAAGCAAGGUUUUCUACUUGAAAAUGAAAGGAGAUUAUUAUCGGUACCUUUCAGAAGUCGCAUCUGGUGAAAAAAAGCCAGGUUGGUAUUUUGAAUUUGUGAACUGAAUAUGGAGUUUAGGGAGAACAAAUUAUUGAGGCAAUAUUAUACAUUUUAAGUGUUACUUCAGCACGGAUUAAAUUUAUUUAUAUAUAUAUAUAUAUAUAUAUAUAAUAUUAUAUAUUAUAUUAUAUUAUAUUUUUAACAUUAAACCGGUCCUAUUGGGCUUGACUAUUAGGUGAGCUCCACCCCAUGUAAAACAUAGUAAACAAAAUGUCUAGUGGUUUUUUUUUUUUGUUUUUUUUUUUUUAGGUGUGGCUAAGACUGUAUAGACAGAAACAAUCAUUUAACCUCUCAGUGGCAGGGACAAGAGCUAUUUGACAAAACUGCUUAAUUAAGCUAACUUUGUAUUGGAGCUUAGAGUUUCCUAUGUAUAGAACAGAGAAUUGCAUCUGCAUUGGGUGAAAAGAUGAGAGGGAAAAAAAAGAAACCAUUAUGAAUGUAAAGUAUGAUGUAUAGCAAGCGAUUGGGGGGGAAGGGGGUUCAAAUACUGUUAAAAGACCCUGCCGAUCCAUGCACCACAAAUGAGAAAUACAAGCCUUUCUAAUUAGUGCAUAUAAUUUCUUUUUAGAAACUGUAGCUUGCUCUCAACAAUCUUACCAGGAAGCUUUUGAAAUUAGCAAGACCGAGAUGCAGCCAACACACCCCAUUCGACUUGGAUUGGCUCUAAACUUCUCAGUGUUUUACUAUGAAAUUCUCAAUUCCCCUGAGAAAGCAUGCAGUCUAGCAAAAGCAGUAAGUCUAUUGUAUUUUUAUUCUGUUCAGCUAUAAGCCUACAACAUUUGUUUUAUACCUUUUUGGGGUGGUGGAGGGAGGAGCUGUAUCUCCAUGGAAAAGUGUUGUGUGUGUGUGUGUGUUUUUUUGUUUUUUUUGAUAUGCAUAAAAUGUGUAUUGAUAACACACUUGGUAUAGAUGUUUUCUUUUUCUUAAUACUUAUUUGUAUUGCUAUUUGUGCAAGCAGCAGUUUACAGUUUAAUGUAAUAAAUUUCCUAUUUUGAUUGAAGUGCUAAACCUGCUUUCUUCAAUAACAUAUUUGGAAUGUUUCUGUAAAUACAGGCAUUUGAUGAAGCAAUAGCUGAGCUGGACACACUGAAUGAGGAGUCUUACAAAGACAGCACUCUAAUCAUGCAGCUACUAAGGGACAAUCUUACAGUAAGUAAAUACUUUCACAUUUCAAAACCGCUAGGCUGAGUUUUACAAAUCAUAACACUUAACCCCUUAACGCCGUUACGGUGUUCUAUGCCAUCCACAUUAUAAUGGGAUUUAAAGCCGUUGUGGCUCCGCGGUACUUACCUCCGCAGCGAUCCUCUUCUGGAGAACUGCCAAGCAGCCCUCCCCUGGCAAAUGAUGCCCCCGGGGGUCAUGUGAUUGCCCUCAAAGAGCAAUGGCAUGGCCACAAUAGCUGGCUGUGGAUCUGCCUGCAGGGAGACUGUCUGGGUUGUCACAGUCCCCCUGCUGGUGGCUAGUAUAAAAAGAAAUAUUAAACAUGUAAAAUAAAUUAAGUGUGUGUGUAUGUUUGUCUUUCAAAUAUUAGUCUUUUUGCUUUUUUCACACAAAAACAAAUAUGACCGUCUACUUUGGCUACUAAAAAAGACUGGACAUACACCAUUUGCAAUACCUUGCAUUGUCUACUUUUGCAAAUGGUAUGCCAUCAUGGGGGUAAUUCUCAUUCCUGGGCUACCACUCGGUCUCAAAUGUAAAAUUACUAAUCUGGCAAAUUUCAAUGUGAAAAAAACUGAAAAAUGGAAUGUGCUAUAUUUGACCAUGUAACUUUCAAAAACACCAUAAAACCUAUUAAUGGGGGGUAUUGUUGUACUCGUGAGACUUUGCUGAAUACAGAAAUGUGCAUUUUAUUGCAGUAAAAGCUAACCAUAUUAUGACAUUUACAGCUAAAAUGUCAGGUGGAACUACAAGUUGUUUUUGUUUUGUUUGUUUUUUUUAAUCUUAAUUUCCCACAGUUUUUUAUUUUUUUAUUAUUUUAUUCAUAAUAAAUUGUUUCAUAUAUGAAUAGUUCAUGAGAAAUGAAAGCCCUGUCUCUCCUGAACAAAAUGAUAUAUAAGUAGUGUGGUUGCACUUAAUAUGAAAGAGGUGAAUUACGAUUGGCCAGACAGAGCAAAUUCCAGUUUUUGUUUACAUUUUGUUUUGAUCAGAACAUGUACUAUUGACUUCGUCCUGAAGGGGUUAAAUGUUUUCUGCCAUCUGUUGAAUUUUGUAAACAACAUUUUCUUGUUUUAUAAUCCUACUAGGAAAACGCUCCUUUUUAUUAUUUAUUUUAAUUUAUCAAUGGUAGCCAAAAAAUUGUAAAUCGAAGGAUAAAAAGACAAAAAGUGUUAUUUCAAAACUACUUGCAUAAUGUGUACAUGGUAAUUGGCACCAUAACAUUAACUAGUACAUUUCUCUUUUCUUGCAGUUAUGGACCUCAGAAAACCAGGGAGAAGAGGCUGAUAAUGUAGAGGGAGACAACUAACUGCCAUGCUUCAGUUUUUCCCUUUAUUUUUUUUUAUUUUUUUUUCAAUUUUUUUUUUUUUUUUUUAAUUUGUGUUUUUAUUAUUUCAGUCACUCUGUAUUGUACACACAUGUUUUUGUGCGACAAGUAAAAGAAAAAAAUACAUUGACUUUCACAACCUCCGUGUAGCAGAACAAUGUGGAUUAAGGAAAAAAUGGCUAAUAGUUACUCAAAUAGAGUAAUACAUUCUAAGUAUAUAAUGGCAUUAAAAAUGUAUCUCAGUUUAUUAUGAGGCGAUUUAAAUUUGUAAUUAUGUCCUUGGGUUGUGUUUUUUUUUUUUUUUUUGUUUACUGAACACUGUGAUUACGAGCUUUUGUCACUAACAUUAUAAUAGAAAUAUGUUCUCACAAACAACCUACCUAUUUUAAACAGUGCAGUUCUUCUGAAUCUGUUUUACAGAAUGUUGGCCACCGUACUGUGAAACUUUGGAUCAGUUGGAUUUGUACCAUAAUGUUUUGGGCAUAUUUCUGUAGUAAGGAAACUUUUUGAUUGCUACAUAUAUAAAUUUCCUAGUUUGUAAAGCUGAAUACAAUCAAGUCUUGUUUUUGAGUAUUGACUCAGUGUCGAGUUUUCAACCUGGUCUAAUGCUCACACAUGCCACUUUAAUUCUUACAAAAUCAGGGGCUUGUACAGAAUAUAUACACUGUACAAUAAUAUCUGUAACUUUUUGCCAGUGUAGUUAUGUUGUCCAUUUAUAGACACGUAUUCUUUGGGGCAUACACACUUUUGCAAAGCCCCUCUGGUAUUUAUAACGGUUACAAAGAAGUUGUUAAAUAUAUGAGAAAUCUGAUCUUUUGGGGAUAUGUUUUCACAGUAUUUUAACUGUUUACAUUUCAUUUUUUAAUUCAAAUUACACGUUGUUCUGCUUGCCCUUCCUAAUCCUAUUAUUCUGUUGAAACCUAUUUGCACAACCCACUUAGGUUGAACGCUUCCAAUAUAUAAAUUCUCUACAAUGCAAUUUUUAUGUUCCUCCAACGACUCCUUAAUCAUUAUUGGUGAUAUUGGAACAUUAAGUUAUUCAGCAAUGUGUUCUAGAUAGUACUUUGGCAGUACCUAAAAUAACAAUUGGUAAAUUGUAUUUAACAGUGCUGUACUGUAUUCUGUUUGUAAUCACUGUCCCAAUUUAACCACAUCAUUCCCCUUUUUACCAUUCCACGUGGCUGUAUCUUUUCUAGGUGUCUGUCCAUCUGUCUGCUUCAUAGCAAAAUUCAUGCACUGAUUUUCAAAUUUCCUAAGUCGAACAAAACCGUGCAGUUAAGACUUGCGCUUGAUAAAUGCAGUAGUGAAUGUGGAACUGAGCCUGUCUGUAUAUCUGGUAGCUCUAUUUUGCUUUGUUUUUAACUGACCAGUAUUCUGCCUAAAGUUUGCUUCUGUGUUGGUUUUAUUACCUAGCACACACGUGGUUGUGAAAAUAGUCUAGCAAAAAAAAAAGCAAAGACAAAAAAAAACCUGGUUAUUGAUGUACUCAAAUUUGUGUAUGUAUUUUCAACAGUUCUAGUUUCACCUUACACAGAAUAAUCAGGAACAUGUUAAGAAUUCAAGAGCAAAAUAAAUAAACAAUGUUAUCAGUUCAG